AUGGCGCAUCCGGGGAAGCUGCUCAAGGAGCAGAAGUACGACCGGCAGCUGAGGUUGUGGGGUGAUCAUGGACAAGAGGCUUUAGAAUCUGCUCAUGUUUGCCUAAUAAAUGCAACAGCCACAGGAACUGAAAUUCUUAAAAACUUGAUACUUCCAGGUAUUGGUUCAUUUACAAUUAUUGAUGGAAAUCAGGUCAGCGGAGAAGAUGCUGGAAAUAAUUUUUUCCUUCAAAGAAGCAGUAUUGGCAAGAACCGAGCUCAAGCUACCAUGGAAUUCUUACAAGAAUUAAAUAAUGAUGUCUCUGGGAGUUUUGUGGAAGAGAGUCCAGAAAACCUUCUAGACAAUGAUCCUUCAUUUUUCUGUAGGUUUACUAUUGUGGUUGCAACUCAACUUCCUGAAAGCACAUUACUGCGUUUAGCAGAGGUCCUCUGGAAUUCCCAAAUCCCUCUUUUGAUCUGUAGGACAUAUGGACUCGUUGGUUAUAUGAGGAUCAUUAUAAAAGAACAUCCAGUAAUAGAAUCUCAUCCAGAUAAUGCAUUAGAGGAUCUACGACUGGAUAAACCCUUUCCUGAACUGAAAGAACAUUUUCAGUCUUAUGAUUUGGAUCAUAUGGAGAAAAGGGACCAUAGCCACACUCCAUGGAUUGUGAUCAUAGCUAAAUAUUUAGCACAGUGGUAUAAUGAAACAAAUGGACGAGUACCUAAAACUUAUAAAGAAAAAGAAGAAUUCAGAGAUUUGAUUAGACAAGGAAUUCUAAAGAAUGAAGGUGGGUCUCCAGAAGAUGAAGAGAAUUUUGAAGAAGCUAUUAAGAAUGUGAACACAGCACUAAAUACAACUCAGAUCCCAAGCAGCAUUGAAGAUAUAUUUAAUGAUGAUCGCUGCAUAAAUAUCACCAAACAGACUCCAUCAUUUUGGAUUUUAGCUCGUGCCUUAAAGGAAUUUGUGGCUAAAGAGGGUCAAGGAAAUUUACCUGUCCGAGGCACAAUUCCUGACAUGAUUGCAGAUUCGAGCAAAUAUAUAAAAUUGCAAAAUGUUUACCGCGAAAAAGCAAAGAAAGAUGCUGCCGCUGUGGGUAAUCAUGCUGCCAAAUUGCUGCAGUCUGUCGGCCGGGCACCAGAGUCCAUUUCAGAGAAAGAAUUAAAAUUACUCUGUAGCAAUUCCGCAUUUCUUCGAGUGGUAAGAUGUCGGUCCUUAGCUGAAGAAUAUGGCUUGGACACAGUUAACAGGGAUGAAAUUAUUUCCAGCAUGGACAGUCCAGAUAAUGAGAUAGUAUUAUACUUAAUGUUACGGGCUGUGGAUAGAUUUCAUAAACAGCAUGGUAGAUACCCAGGGGUAUCUAAUUAUCAAGUUGAAGAAGAUAUAGGAAAGUUGAAGUCUUGUCUCACUGGCUUCCUUCAGGAAUACGGACUGUCUGUGAUGGUGAAAGAUGAUUAUGUCCACGAAUUUUGCCGAUACGGAGCUGCUGAGCCACACACCAUUGCUGCGUUCUUAGGAGGAGCUGCUGCUCAAGAAGUUAUCAAAAUAAUCACCAAACAAUUUGUAAUUUUUAAUAAUACUUACAUUUAUAGUGGCAUGUCACAAACUUCAGCAACUUUUCAGUUGUAG